GAGCUACUUUCUUUGUAACUUGGUAGGCAGUUGAAAUAUCUAGAAGACUUCUUUUCCUCUUUGAACUUAGAGUAAAUCGGGAGAGUGAUGCAUUGUUGAGGACUGUGAGAUCCUGCCUGUUAGGCCUUGCCCCUCCCUGCCAUGUCAUCAUCAAAAGAACUAUCCUUUGGGGUUGGUUUUUCUUAUUCAGACUUGGAAAUGGCAUUUUCUCUUAUGAAAUCUCAAAUAAUAUGACUAGAUACUGAAAAGGGCAUUUCAACUCAUUCACAAAACAGUCUGUCAUUAUUACACUCUCAGAAUCGGAUCACACUGGUAAUUUUGGCAAGUUUAUUUACAUUUCUUUUUCAAGAAAGUCACUGUAUUAUGUAUUAUGUUUUGGAAGAUAUGCUUCGACACCUCUGUUUUUAAAGUAACUCUUUUUUACUUGUCAGAUUAUUAGUAAAAUGCAACUACUGUCAUCCAUUCACUGACAUACAUUUUGUGAAUGAUAAGCAUUCUAGCAAUGAUGAUAGGGUCGAGAUCUUGUUUGCUACAAAAAGCACUGAUAAUAGUUUAAGGAAGUCUUAGUUUAAGGAAGUUCAGCUCAUCCCUUGGCAGUUUUUGAUCAAAACUCAAAUCAGAGUUAAGUUUAGAAAACUUUGACUGACAUUUGCAUGUAAUGUUUAAAUGUACCUCUGAAUUUUGCGGGAAGCUAGGCUCUUGAAGUGUAAAAGCAGGCAAUAGGAGAAUAUGCGAAGAAGUGUGGAUUAGAAACCAUCGGUCCCUCAAAGUUUGUACAAAUAUCAGAGUUUUUGGUGUAUUACAAAAACGUCUGUAAAGACCUUCCAUUUUCUUUGAUACCAUAAGAAUUUAUAAACAAACAGACCUAAGCCCGAUCACUUUUUAUACAAGGCCUUACGUGAUUCUUCUGGUUGGUACAGUGGAUUCUUCUCUUUGGGUAUAAGUAUCUUUGAUGAACAUUGUGUCCCUGUGGAAUUGAUGUCCUUUAGUACACGACUGACAUUUUGACCAUUUGUGUGUGGUGACAGAAAACUUGUGAAAAAUAUUUCCUCCCACUGAAAUUCUGCUCUGCCUAAAUAUUUGUGUUGCACUCUGGCCGAGCCUCUUGCCUUUCUAGGCCUACUUUUGUAGACAGGAGAAAACAAGUUAACUUGUACAAGAGUGUUUUGAUGUCUUAAAUCAAUAACAUUUAACAAAUGCUCCAGGAUUUUUCAAUGGCAAUUACUAUAGCAUGUGAAAUGUAAAUGUAAAACCAAACAAGUGAAAAAAAUCCUUCUGUCCUUCACAAACUCUUCACUCACUUCUCCAAAUAAUAAAUGAAGAGUAUUCUCCAUGUGUGACCAAUUUUAAUGCCUUUGACUUUGGAAGGCAUCUGUUUUCAUAAAACCAUUAAGGUUUGUCAGAGAUCCUCUCUUUACUUGCAAAGAGAAAGGAAAAGGGAAAGUCGUCAUCGUCUUGCUGUCCCCUGUACCUGCUUUCCUGUGUCUUACUUGGUAUAAGGAGAACACUAUGCUAUACAAACACUUUCUUACAUCAGCAUUGUUGGUUACUUUUUAUUGUUCAGUCAUCAGGCAGAUUUUUGUCGCCUUCGGUGUAGCUUCCUGGUGAUGAGACUAUUACUUGUUGAUUAACCUGCCAAUUUCUCUGAUUUAUACUUGUCCAUUUCAACUUCCUUUUGCCUAGUUAAUGAGUUAAAUAAUCUGUUAUUUAUAACUGAUUUUCUAAACUAUUUCAUGUGCACUCUUCAUUUUUACUGCCCAGCUGUAUACUUUGCUGAGUGAGCUACAGUGUGCAAUAGUUCCAGCCUUUUGGGCUUUUCUGCAUUACACAGCAUAUUUCAGAAAUUAAAUGUUGAUGCUUAUUGGAGCUUCCGAUUCUGUGAGUGAAGCUACAUGUUUCAGCUGCUUAAUUUCUACCAACUGGAGUUAUCAAGUAACACUGCAAAACAUUCAAAAGUAUUGCUGAAAGAGCAACAUUCCAUACAAAUUGUCAGGGUUUAUAACACAUUUAAUUUGUUCUUGUUUGCAUAAGGGGCUGAUUAGGUCAUAUUCUUAACCUACUGGCCCCACUGUGUUAUACUGGGGAAAAUCUGAUUAUUUCAACUUAUUCCUGUGAACUGGGUUAUUAAGAAGAUGCUAUAGAAAUAAAUAGACAUGUUUUUAAUAGCAUAUAUUUUUUUCUUAACAUUUUAAGAAAGGAAGCACUUAUGAGAAUAGAGGGAGGAAAGUUCUACAGAAAAGGUCAAGGGUAGUAGUGAAUUGGUUUUACCUACCUCCAUGGUAGUGUGACUACUCUUUUCAAGUUAGUAACAGUGAACCUCCUGUCAGGUCAGCAGAGACUGUAUGCUUUGUGUAAGAGGGAACAUCCAAUCUUUUCUCCACUUAUAACAACAAUUUGCUGUUUCAUUCAGAUUCUGAAGGUUCAUGCCAUUAGCAGAAAAACAGGCAAGAAAAAAGAUUGACUUAAAUUCUGAGCACAGGUGGAUGAUGAAAGUUUAAGUUCUCCAAGUUGCCAGAAGGAAACAGUAAGAACACUUCUGUGUGAGCCUAGAGAAGGGACUCAUUACAGGGAGCAACUGGUGUGGAGCCAGUUGUGAUACUCCAUCUAAAAAGAAGGUUCAUAUAUAAACCAACCUAAGAGAGGUCUUGAGAAGCUAAUGUGUUUCUUGAAGCUUGAUAAACUUGAGGUUGAACAGCAGCUCCAGCACAAGAUUCUUGAAAAAUGGGCACAAUUAUUUAAUCCUCCUUGUGUAUGAAUUCUCCAGCAAUGAAACACAGUACAGAAUAAAGCCAGACUGCCAUUCUGAGAAGUACUCUGUACAGAAAGUGAUCUGUCGCUCAACAAAGAUCCUUUUCAGUAUAAAACUGCAGUCAAAAUAGCAUUUAAGAAGUUGAAGUGAAUGAAGUAACUAAUGUGCACUACUCUGCGUAACAGUGAGUUGUGAUGCUUUCUUUUAAAAGUGCUGCUGCUGUAAGAAGUACUCAGAGAUAGUAUUGCAUGACCAGAACAGAUUCACAGAAACCUGGCGAUUAUCCUGGGUCUGGGAAAAUUAAUUUGAAGAACAACUGGAAAUACUGAACUUGUUUUGAAGUUUAUGUUAUGUGGUAAAGAAUAGAAAGAGCAUUGAUCAGCAUCUGCUCUUUCCCUUGUCUUGUAACACUGUGACAAGGAGACAGUCACCAGAAUGGAGCAAGGAGGAUCAAAACUGGUACUUUUUUACAGCAUUAUUAGAGUUCAGAACUUGCUGGUUGUGACAAUUUAGCAUGAGAGAGAAGUUUAAUAACUGUUAAGAAUACCCAUUAUCCAUGAAAACAUGUCAGCAGAGUUUAAUUAAACCUGUACUUCAGGAAGUAACCCAGUCUUUAAUGAUUAGGGAUCUAAGGCGAUAUUUAGAGGGAGUGGGAGGAUAAUUAAUGUCUGUCUCAUGUGGAGUUCUUCCACCUCUCUCUGAAGCAGGAAAUCCUGGCAGUGACAAACAAGGUAGACAGCAACUUUGAUACAGUCUUGGCAUCUGUUCUACUCUGCGUAAGAGCGAGUGAUGACCUGGGAAGCAAAACGAGGUAGUGACUGUGGCUGUACUGUAACCUGAGAGAGAAAAUUUCUCAGACACCAAGUUGUCUUUUGCCUCAACACUUGAAGGUACUCUCAAAGAAAUGAUUUCCAACAUCAUUUUGGGUCUGAGCUCUUUCCACCUAUCUUCAGGCACCGACCAAGAUAAUUGUCAGCAGGGUAAGAAAAGUAUAAGCACGUGUGUUGGAACAUUUCUAAGAGGACUGGAGUGUUUACACAUUGUGUUUGGUCUUUCUCAGAAGUUUCCCCCCACUUUUUUUUUUUUUUUAAUCUGACAUGACGAGAUCUUAGCAUCUCUGUUUCACAGAAACCAAAAUCUAUUUGAUGUAUUUUUUUACUGAGAUAUGGAUCAACACCAGUGGCCACUGCUGUUGCAAAAUACUUAUUGUGAUGUGCAGAACUUGACCUCUUCUGACUAAUGAAUUUUGAGCGGUCACAGUUUCACAGAGUCUACCCUAAGAAUUACUCCACUUUUCCGGAAUUCACAUGGGAUAGUAAUGAACUGUGGUGAAUUGAGUGUGAUUUAUUUACUGGGUGCCCACACCAGACAUAUCACCAGGAAUCUGUCAUGUUUUAUAGGCCAACAAGACCACAAUUUCUACUUGAGCAAGUUCUCUCUGUUUGCAUUACCAAGCUCUGUACCAAAUCAUGCUGUUCUUGUCUAAGGGAAACCACAGAAUUUACACAAAGGUAAAAGUUAAUCUUUUUUUGAAGAUUUUAUAUUAAGGUGAUCAGACGUUGUCUACUUAAAAAGACAGCUAAAAAUUCACCCAAAACAUUUAUAAGCAUCUGGACUAUAUUUUGCUACAGAAACACUGGAAUUCCAAGUUAUAUCUGCAUAAUGGGGUAAGUGAGUGCAUUUUAACUUUUGUGUUGCUGUGGCAAAGUUGUUGCUGGUACAUAAAUAUGUUAACUUAAAGGUAGCCAGGGAAUAUAACUUCUAUACUGCAGCUAUUUCUGGUACUGUCAGACAAAGAGCAAUCCAAACAGAGGCUGAAAAUUUUCUGGAGUAUUUGAUGGGAUGUAUGGAAGAUACAUUGUCUCCUUAAGGACAGAGACAGAAAUACUUAGUAUGCAUACCAUUCCGGAGGACAUUUUAAACAUUUUAUCUCUAAUGUUUAAUUCUAUAAAAUCUUUCUAUUUAAAUAUAUUUAUCAGAAUAUCAAACGUGUCAACACAGGAGAGUCCCAAAAUUCAUAGAGAUACUGUAACUCCAGUAAUAUGGGAAGUUGGAAACGUACCAAAAUUCUUUCUUAAGAGCUUGCUAGCAGUCAGAAUAUUUUUAUGUGUUUUGUAUUCUAAUACCUCAACAGAAGCAUAGCAUGUGUCAUAAAACAGCUGGUUGGCAAAGAUUUCUAAAGUGUUUGCCACACCUCUAAAUUAUUUACUCAAAUAAACCAAGCUAGAAAGUGAACAGACACGAGAUGUUUCCUAUGUAGUGCAUGCAGUUAAUGUAUUAUAGACUCUGACCAACAUCUGUAAAAAUUACUGGGAAUUUUGAUAUUGAUUUUCGGGGCAGGAAGAUUGAGCCUCGGGUUGCUAUUAGUCGUUUGUUAUAAGUUAGGAUAUAGAAAUUUCCAAGGGCAGAGUGAUGGUCUAAUAUGCUGUUUUCAACAGUGUUCAAUUCUCAGUGGCCCACAGGAAGACAAAUCCCCUCCUCUCCUUCCCCCCACGAUGCCUAGUGUCAGUUGUGUCAGAGGAGAUUACUGAAGUCCCUCUAAUCAUUGCUAGCCUUGUGGGUAAAUCUGAUUGAUAGCUCUGGCAGAAGUCAUACUAACUAGCUCACUAUUUUGUCUGACCCAAACCAGGUCCUGUAUGUAUACACAUAAUGUAUCUCUUCCUGCAGUGCUAGCAACUGCUUUGUUCAGUGACCUGCAGUGACACUGAAUCUUCAGGGUAAUUAUAAAAAGCAAUAUGAUAGUUUCUUUGUACUACUUUAAUUCUAUUAACCCACAUUAAUAUCCAGAGCACCUCCAUUUACUUCUUGCUUAUUACAGGCAAAUACCAAAAGUAGGGCAAUUGUCUUUUAGUAAUACUUUGUAUCUUUCUAUUCUUGUCAGGGAGAACAGGCGUUCCAGGCUGGUCUGUCUUAAGCAUCCAUUUCUCUCCAUACCCUUAACUGUUCUCUCUGCUAACAUUAUAUCGCUGCCGUUCUAAAAUCAGCAAGAUUAAAUUGUACUAACUAAAAUAUGUUGUUGCAUUCAAAAAAAAAAAUCUUUGUGAGUUAUACUUAGACCAAGAUAAUGGGAAAAGGACGCUCCUUGCUGAAGCUGCGUUUUGAUUAUAGAGACAGCAGCCCUAUAGUACUAGUUUUCCAUGCUGAAAUACUUACGCAGAAAACAAGCCUGCAACUGAUGAUGAUGAGAUUCUGCUCAAAUAAACCUAUAGACCAACUCAAGAAGGCCUGAUAGAAUUUCUUGUCUUACUCAGUCCAGCCUAUCUGGAAGCUCAUGAAGUUUUCUGGAAGAUUUCCAGAGGUAGGGAUUUGCUCUAUUAGCAUAUGAUAAGCAAACUUGUUGAAGAAGUAACCUGGAUAGGCCAAAGUGCAACAAAAGGCUUGAGUAUGCAGAAGCUGUGAGACAGGAUAGCAGUUGAUCAUUUGUGGCAGUACAGUUAAUGCUAACUAUUUUUUUUUCUUUAAUUAAAUCUACAAAAUUAAAUAUACAUUACUAAAAUUAGUAUGGAGAACUUAAAGACUUCCUCAGCAGAGACAGUUUGAAAUCUCUUUACAAAGGCAUGGUGGAAGCACUACAGACAGGGCUCAGGCAUCAGAAUAGAAAGAGUAAGAUGAAGUGGAGUUGAGUGAUGUAAAAGAGAAGUGGCCUUCCCUGGAGCCUGUGAAGAGUUUGUCAUACUGUAGAGCCAUUUGCUGCGCACUGCCUUCUGUGUAUUUUUUUUCAGUGUUUCCCUUGGGUACAAGUAGAGGUAAUUGUAGGCCCAUUUUGAAACACAGGGAAAGCAGAAGAUUUUUUUUUUUUUUUUGAGACUUCUGCCUUCUAAAUCUCCCAGUUAGAAUAAAUAUACAGAGUAAAUCAACAUUCAGUAGAAAUGAGUGGGUCUUUCAAGUCAUUGCAAAGGUCUUUUGAUAGAGUGCUCACUAUGCUUUCUUGUGGUUUCUCUUCUCUCUGCAGAGAGAAAAGGUAGGAAUAGGUCCACUGUGGAAAGAGUUUAAUAUCAGAAUAGAAACUUUAAUUUCUAAAUUAUAAGUGAUCUUGCAAACUGGUUAACUUCCUUUUGUAGACCAGCUUUUAUCAUGGAAAAGCCACACAUUUAUUUCAAUUUCACAUUAUCAUCAAGCAGGCAGAAUAUCAGGAAAUCCUGCUGUACAGUUUCAAGUCACUGUUACUGGUUUCAUCCAUUUCGAAGGCUGUAAUAUUUCUUGAAGGAGACUUCCUGGAACAGCUCAUAUCUCUUGCUUGGUGAUCAGGACCCAGAACCAUGCUCAUUCUCAGCUGCAUUCUUGCUAACUGGAUGAGACACCAUAUGCAGCUGGAGGAAAAAAAUUGUGGACUGAAGAGGCCUGAAGGAUGGCAUGCUAGAGAUCUGAGGAGCGGCCAUCCGGAUUCAUGGAUACAGUGUAUGACCAAACGUAUGAAUGUUUGCAGACUGCGUUUAACAGUACCACCUGAUGAAGUCUCACAGCCUGAACAGGGAACAAAAGAACCUGAAAGAAAGAAACAUGAUCUCUACCACGUACCAAAUGGCAUGUCUCCAGGGAAGCUCUCUCAUGGAAUGGUGUAUGGCGUUGUGCACCGGACUGACAACAACCAUAAGAGAGAAAUGGUGGUUUAUGGCUGGUCAGCAGAUCAGCUGAAAGAGGAGAUGAAUUACAUUAAAGAAGUGAGAGCAACUCUGGAAAAAGUAAGAAAGAAAAUGUAUGGGGAGUAUGAUGAAAUGAAACGAAAAAUACAGCAGCUUACGAAUGAACUGAAAGUGACAAAUGCUCAUCAGGAAUCCUUAGAGAAUCAUGUGCGAGUGCAGGCUGCAGCCUUAGAUAGCUUUAGUGAAAUGAACAGCUCCUUGACAUCAGCAUCAAUAGACUUGCAGAAAACUCUGGUGGAUGUUACUUUGGAGAACACUGAUAUAAGGGAACAAAUAAGGAAUUUAAAACACACACAUGAGCAAUCUAUGGAAAAGCUGAGAGAGAAGCAAAAACAACUGGAAACAGCACAAAUUGAAAAUCAGUUACUGAAAUUAAAGGUAGAAUCAUCACAAGAAGCCAAUGCUGAAGUCAUGAGAGAGAUGACGAGAAAACUGUAUAGUCAAUAUGAGGAAAAAAUGAGAGAAGAGGAGCAGAAACAUAAAGCUGAGAAGGAAAUCCUCCUAGAGGAAACCAAUCGGCUUCUGAAGGCUAUUGAGGAGUCAAAUAAGAAGAUGCAGAUUACAGAAACAACUAUACAGGAGAAAGACCAGAGAAUUGGCGAGCUGGAUCGGUUGAUUGAACGCAUGGAAGAGGAACGCCACCAGCUGCAAAAACAACUGGAACUAAAUGAAAUACAAAUAUCUGGAGCAAAAUCUGAAGACAACUCUGACAGUGAGAGGUCACAGCAUUUGGAGGAGGUAGCAGCUAGUCUAAGGGAGAGAAUAAAGCAUCUGGAUGAUAUGGUCCACUGCCAACAGAAGAAAGUUAAGCACAUGGUUGAGGAGAUUGAAAUGCUAAGAAAGAAAGUCAAAGAAAAGGAAAUAUUUAUAAUACAGCUUUUAGAAAAAAUUUCUUUCUUAGAAUGUGAGAAUAAACAAUUACAAGAUAAAUUGGACUAUUUAAUGGAAAAUCAACCAGAGACCAAUGUAGAAACCAGAGAUGCUGGUGUAGCAUGUGAUCUUCCAUCUAGGAAGUUCAUUGAUAAGCUCCCAGAUAAGGGCAAGAAGAUCUCCGAUUUUGCCGAGAAGCUGAUGUGUGCCAUCUCACAAGAGGAAGAGCUGGCACGGACAGCGGAGCUGUUGUCCGCGGUCAGGCUGGGGUUCCAGGCGGAACAGGACAAGGCUCGUACCAGCAAACAGCACGUCGCCCUGAGCAAGGGCACGCUACGCCAGGAGGAUCCCUCAGGCUGCAGUGACAACUCUCAUGCUGAAGAAAUUCCUAAGAUUUCUUCCCAAAGACAGGAGGCAGAAUGUUUGGGGCAAGAUCCCACAAAUACGGCUUUAGAAAAUCAGAGGACUUGGAGCAAAAAUGAUGCAAUAGAGACUGCUACAGAAGAUCAGAAUCUUUGUUGUGAAGUUAUCUCUGAGUCAGCCCCAAGCACUCAUCUGAACAAUGAACAGCAGAUAUCUCGGGGCAAUACAGAGAGUGGUACAGGGAGUGCUUUAGACAGCUGUAAAGACACGUUGGUUGAUGCCUUUCAAAAAGUUACCAUUGGAGAUGGGGAUAAUAGUGAUAAAGCAUCGGAAAAAGAGCAGAAUGUGUCGAAACAUAAGGGCAAUAUUUUUGGAAGCCUGCACCCCAGGACACCACAUUAUAUUGAAGUUCUAGAGUCCAGAGCAAAAAACCCAGUCAUAAAAAAAAGCAAAUUCAAAACAAAUGCAUUAUCAGGAGAGCAGAGUGGAUCAUCGCGUGGUUCUUCGCCCAGUCAGUCACCUGGGGGGUCUGGCUCUCCAAUUACUGCUGAAGAAAGAAGACUUAGAGAUAAGAAACAUUUGAAUGACAUCACAGCAGCACGGCUACCACCACUUCACCACGCCCCUGCUAAGCUACUGUCCAUAGAGGAGUCCAUAGCAAUUCAGAUACAGCAAAAAGAAGCUUAUGAGGAAAUGCAAGCCAAACUUGCAGCACAGAAGCUUGCAGAGAGGCUGAAUAUAAAAAUGACCAGCUUUGAACCAGAGGGGGAGGCUGCAAUGCAGUACAGAGAAGUGAGAGAUGAAGAUUAUUUUUCAGCAGAGGACUGAAUUCAGGAAGGGAUGUCUGAGGAUGAGCCAUGUAACUGAUCUUUGUGCAGUACUUCUCGAAACCCAAACGUGAAUCAUGAGAAUUUUUGAUCUAGUUAGUUGUUUCGGAAAAUUUUCCCAUUACAGCUAUGGGAAGGGUUCAUAAUAACGCUUACAUUUGUGAGGUUUAUAACAUGAUAACCCUAGUGUUAUUUGGAGACAGUUUUUGGAACGCUUGUGGCACUUACUGCUUGUGGAAAGCCCAAUAGUUUUCAACUACAGUAAAGCGAGCUCCUUAAUGCGCUUUUCCAGGCUCUGAUGAAUCAUCUACAAGAGAAGGUUUCUUUUGCUGAGAAAUGUGAGUGCAAAGAGCCUCAUAAUCCACGUCCGUAAAGUUAGCUAAGGUGCCUGUGAACUGCAGGAUGGAAACUAUAUUUAUGAAAUCUCUUGUUUGUAUAAAUGUGAGAUGCUUUUCCUGGUGAGGCAUAAUCUAUUAAGGUCAUCUAUCUCUUACCGUAUGGUGACAGUACAUGCCCAAAUGACUACAAUAAAUUUGUGAUUGUUUUCUUCUUAUCACGAGAACUUGUUUCUAUGCCCGUAGCUUAAAAUAACAGUCUACAUUGUGCUGUAAAUAGGUAAAAACAUCAAGUUAUUUUCUUACUCAAAUUCUGUUUGACCUGUAAGGGAUUCUGCUGUUAGGUGUUUGGAGACUACUGUAAAGCACAUCAAGAAAUUAAGUUAAUAUGAACACUUCAAUAUUUUUAUUAAAGGUUUUGGUGUUUUUCCAUAUUUUUGUACAGUGCUUUCAAACUUUGGAAUACUAUUUUUGCAUUAUCUGAUUCUGUAAAUUGAGAGAUCUACCUCUGGUUUUCUUGGUGAAAGUAAGUUCUAUGUAUUUUACAGGCUUACUUGUUCUUUGAAGAUAAAAAAACAAAUCUUCCAUACAGUAACAUUUUCUACCUUUUAUCGUGAAUUUCAAAAGAUACAGAACACAAAUGAGUAGUAUUUCACAAUGAUUUUCCACUGUUGACUAGCAUAUUCAAACCCUGUUGUGAGCUUAUUUUAGCUUUAAAAAACAAACCUCAGAUUCCCUGUGUAGCCUGGCACAACCUAUCUUCUGAGAUGCUCCAGCAGCAGUGCAGUGCAGGACAGAUGCAUGUGCAAGGCUUUCCCUGGAUGGGUACAUACUGCAUAAGUGAUGUGUCCAGAAACCAAUACGCGAGUCAUUCAAAAAGCUGUGCAGUAUCAUUUAGAAAAGGGGACUGAAAGUCCCUGCCACUUCUCGAGGGCAUAAAGCAGUGAGUGUAACCAACAGCACUUUACUGGCAGGCAGAUACUCUUUCCCUAAUGCUCUGUGAGCUCUCAGAUAAUGCAUGUGGCACAGUCCAUACCCUGUGAAUGUGGUUUGUCCCUUCCAUAUCACAUAUUCCAGUGUCUGCAUUUAACUUCUGCCACAUGCCUUGCAUCCUCCUGCCAUUGUGGUCCCCUCUUGCUUUCUACAGCUCCAUUUAAAUACCAGUUGUGCACCUGGACACCUACGUACCUCACUGACUAUAUUAAAAAUGAAUGUGUGUUUUGCUGUUGCUGCCCUUGUAGCAAAGCUUCUCUUCUGGCGUUCAGACUGCACACUCUGCAGGUGUGUGACACUUUCAGGCCUUGUAUCUCUUUCUUCUUACCACUCCUGUAUUCUUACCUCUCCUGUUGUGUGGUUUGUUUUGUUUUCUUUUUUUGUGCUCCUACUUCAUCUUCCCAGCUUCUCGCCAGCACUUCUCUUUGUAGGACUGAAUUCUGGCACAUUUUCAGUCAUUCAGACCUUGGUCUCUGUGGAUGACCCAUCUAAUCCCUCAGCUGCAUGUACUUCUCAGCCCUCUCCUCUGGCUGCACAGGUCCAUGGAUCUUUCAUCUCUCGUGGAUACAGUUCACCGCUCAGAUCACCGCUGCCCGCACUGCCAUCCGUGCUGCCGCCUGUUGGCCCAACUGAGUCUCACUGUUGUGUCUCAUUUCAGUCUGUUUUGCUGCUUAAGGACAAGAGGCCUCAGAAGUGUACCGGCCUUCCCUUUGUCUCUACUUGAAGCAUAGGUUGUUAUAUUUCCAGGCCUGUUUGCAUCUCUCAUGCCUAUUAAGAUUGCCCCUCUUGUCCCUGACUGCAUUAUUGCACCCUGUUAUGCUACUGUGUGUGGCUCUUCCAUGCUGGCUUUCCAGUGCUAGAGGAAUUAAAACUACACAGCUAAGAAUUUGUUUUGUAGGUUACUGAUGUCUGGUUCAAUGUAGGCUUCUGCUGACCACUCCUUCAUGAUAGCAAAAAUUACAUUCUCUUCCUUGGGCUUUUAAGAAUAGCUUUUGCUUUCUAAACUGUAAAGCAGAGGCAGUUUUCUUGAUCUGUGUUUUGACAGCACUCAACAUGUUGGGACUUGUCAAAGUGAAUCCCUCCAAUGGGCAAACUUCACCUUUAAGAAAAAAAAUAAAUAAAUAAAUUGCUGCAGUAACAGGUGAAGUGGAUUGCCCAUUUAGCAGCUGCUCAGCACAGUCCUGGGGAGCCCUGUGGAAAGGAGACCUGUGUGAAUACAGAACUAAGCUCAAGGUGUAAAUUGUAAGUUGCUUUUGUGGGGGGACUAUGCUGGAUUCUGAAUGCAAAUGUGUGUUCUGUGCUGAGACUUUGUGGGUGGUCAAGGAGUCGGGUAUAAAGAGAGCCCUGUGAUGAAGAGGAUGGGUAAUCUGGAAGUCUGUAAUAGGCUAGACAGUAAGAGGGUGAGUGCUGGAAUGGUUUAGUCAUGUUUAAUUUUAAGUUUCUGAUUAAGGGUGGUAUCGUGUGUUUCACUGUGGUUCUGGAACAUUUCAGAACGUACGCUGGGAAUUGAAGAGCUUGCUCUGUUCUUUGGGGUGAACUGCUUUGUUGGAGUGAAUUGUUAACCUGGCAGAAAAUAAAGAAUCAAAAGUGUGUUUUUGAA